CGCUGCUCAAACCGCGGUAAUAAAUGCUCUUCGUAAAGUAGUGAAUCGAGGUAUGCUACGAGCCGAAGUAUUUAUAAAAGGUCCCGGUCUCGGAAGAGAUGCAGUAUUACGAGCUAUUCAUAGAAGCGGUAUAUUAUUAACUUUUAUAAGGGAUGUAACCCCUAUGCCACACAAUGGCUGUAGACCCCCCAAAAAACGACGUGUGUAGAAAUCAAAAGUGAACCUAUAUCAAGAGAAAUAGAAGAUUCACUAAUAUACUAAAUCAAAAUUUUUAUGGUUCGAGAGAAAGUAGCAGUAUCUACUCGGACACUACAGUGGAAAUGUGUUGAAUCAAGAAUAGACAGUAAACGCCUUUUUUAUGGCCGCUUUAUUCUAUCUCCACUUAUAAAAGGUCAAGCCGAUACAAUAGGAAUUGCGAUGCGAAGAGCUUUGCUGGGAGAAAUAGAAGGGACAUGUAUCACACGUGUAAAAUCUGAGAAAGCCUCGCAUGAGUAUUCUACCAUAGGGGGGAUUCAAGAAUCGGUACAUGAGAUUUUAAUGAAUUUGAAAGAAAUUGUAUUGAGGAGCAAUCUAUAUGAAAGUUGUGAUGCGUCUAUUUGUAUCAAGGGACCUCGACAUGUAACUGCCCAAGAUAUAAUAUUACCCCCCCCAUGUACAAAUUGUUGAUAACACACAACAUAUAGCUUGGUUGACGGAACCUAUUGAUUUUUUUAUUGGAUUAAAAAUAGAGAGAAAUCGCGGAUAUUUCAACAAAGUGGACCUUCACUUUGACGAUGGAAGUUAUCCUAUAGAUGCUCUCUUCAUGCCGGUUCAAAAUGCAAAUCAUAGUAUUCAUUCUUAUGGGAAUGAAAAACAAGAGAUACUUUUUUUGGAAAUAUGGACAAAUGGAAGUUUAACACCAAAAGAAGCACUUCAUGAAUCCGCCCGAAUAUUGAUUGAUUUCUUUAUUCCUUUUUUCCAGAUGGAAGAAGAAAACUUAUAUUUAGCAGAUGCAAAACACAC